AUGGGCGAUGAUAUGAUGUCAUAUAAUGGUGGUGUUGCUUUGGCCAUGAAAGGCAAAGAAUGUGUUGCCAUAGCAUGCGAUAAACGAUAUGGUGUGCAAAAUCGAACAAUAGCAACUAAUUUUACGAAAAUAUUUCAAUAUGGCGAUUAUUGUUUUGUUUCAUUCUGUGGCUUAGCAACAGAUGUUCAAACAGUCUCUGAACGUUUGAGAUUUCGUGUAAACUUAUAUGAACUACGUGAACAAAGAAAAAUAAAACCCAUUGUCUUAUAUAAUAUGUUAACAAAUCUUUUAUAUGAACGUCGUUUUGGACCCUAUUUUGUUUUUUCACUUGUUAUUGGUCUUGACCCAAAAACUGGAGAAACAUUUGUCUAUGAUUCAGAUAAUAUUGGCGCAAUAAGUGAUAAUGUUAAUUUAGCUACAGUUGGUACGGCUAGUGACUAUAUAUUUGGUCUUGGCGAACUUUUUUUUAAACCAAAUAUGAAUGCAGAUGAAUUAUUUGAAGCAACAUCCCAAUCUUUACUCAAUGGUGUUGAUCGCGAUUCAGCUAGUGGUUGGGGUGUACUUGUUUAUGUUGUUGAAAGAAACAAGGUUACUGUACGGGAAUUGAAAGGUCGACAAGAUUAA